GGGGAACACCAGGGUGGAGGAAGCCUGCGAGAUGUACACCAGGGCUGCCAACAUGUUCAAGAUCGCCAAAAACUGGAGCGCCGCAGGAAACGCGUUCUGCCAGGCGGCCAAGCUGCACAUGCAGCUGCAAAGCAAACACGACUCGGCCACCAGCUUCGUGGACGCCGGCAACGCCUACAAAAAAGCCGACCCGCAAGAGGCCAUCAACUGCUUAAAUGCAGCUAUCGAUAUCUACACCGACAUGGCGGCGGAGCUGGUGGACAUCGAGAAGGCGAUUGCGCACUACGAGCAGGCUGCGGACUACUACAAGGGAGAGGAGUCCAACAGCUCCGCCAACAAGUGUCUGCUGAAGGUGGCUGCCUACGCGGCGCAGCUGGAGCAGUACCAGAAGGCGAUAGAAAUCUACGAGCAGGUUGGGACGAACACGAUGGAUAACCCUCUGCUCAAGUACAGCGCCAAGGAGUAUUUCUUCAAAGCCGCCCUGUGCCACUUCAUCGUGGACGAGCUGAACGCGAAGCUCGCGCUGGAGAAAUACGAAGAAAUGUUCCCAGCGUUCACAGACUCGCGAGAGUGCAAGCUGUUGAAAAAACUGCUGGAAGCCCACGAGGAGCAGAACUGCGAGGCGUACACCGAGGCAGUUAAAGAAUUUGAUUCGAUCUCGCGGUUGGAUCAGUGGCUUACAACCAUGUUGCUUCGCAUCAAGAAGUCGAUCCAAGGAGAAGGGGAUGGGGACCUGAAGUGAAGUGUGCGUGGUGUUUGUGGCAUGCAGCCCGCGUCACCUUUCUUGUGUUCCAGCCGAGGACCGCCGUGGGAUGCGGGAUCCGAUAUCGCGCUUUGUUUUGUUGCUUCCAAACCCGAUGACUCGUGUGUUUCUUUAGUCCCCUGCUCUUGUCGUGGCAGCGCGGGUGGGCAAGAGGCGAUGCUCUGGGUGGCACCAGCAGAUCUUUCUGAGGCGGAGGGAGCACUUGUGCAGGAAUCCUU